AUGUGCCCUGAGAGAAGUAAGUCGGUGGUGGUGGCUGCGGAUGACGAGUCAGGUUGCUCAGGUGCGUCUUCAGCUCACCUCACACUUGGGCUUCUCAGGGAGGAGGGGCGGGAGCCCUGGCCCACCGUUAGCACGAUGAUCCUCAGGCUGGUCCUGGCUCUCAACUUCUUCCCCUCAAUUCAAGUAGCAGAAAACAAGAUUUUGGUGAAUCAGUCGCCCAUGCUUGUGGUAAACAACAAUGAGGUCAACCUCAGCUGCAAGUAUACCUACAACCUCUUCUCGAAGGAGUUCCGGGCAUCCCUUUAUAAGGGAGUAGAUAGUGCUGUGGAGGUCUGUGCUGUGAAUGGAAAUCACUCCAAGUCACUUCAGUCUACAAAUAAGGAAUUCAACUGCACUGUGAACUUGGGCAACGAAACAGUGACAUUCUACCUCCAGGAUUUGUACGUUAACCAAACGGAUAUUUAUUUCUGCAAAAUCGAGGUUCUGUAUCCUCCUCCUUACAUAGACAAUGAGAAGAGUAAUGGGACCAUUAUCCAUGUGAAAGAGAAACAUCUUUGUCCAGCUCCCCGGUCUCCUGAGUCCUCUAAGCCAUUUUGGGCACUUGUGGUGGUAAACGGAGUCCUAGCUUUCUAUAGCUUGCUAGCAACAGUGGCUCUUUCUAACUGCUGGAUGAAGAGUAAGAGAAACAGGAUGCUUCAGAGCGACUACAUGAACAUGACACCUCGCAGGCCGGGGCCCACCCGAAAGCACUACCAGCCCUACGUGCCAGCACGGGACUUUGCAGCCUACCGUUCCUGACACGGACGCCUAUCCAGAUGCAAGCCGGCUGGCCCCUCUUCGCCUGCUCAACACCAUUGCUCUGGAUAGGAAAGGACUGCCUCGUCUUCAG